AUGGUCCUUGUCGGAAUUCUUCGUCAUCACAUUACAAUGCUCAUCACAAGUGCACCGAAAGCACCUCAACUCAAAGCUAUCCGAGAGUCAAAAGCAUUGUUGCGUGGAAUGCGAUUGAGAACUUUUGGUAACUCGAUUCCCCAGCAUGCAUUUGCCUGUCGCAAGGCUUAUUUGGCUCAGGCAUUUGAGGCAGGAAAGUACUUGAAGAACCCUGAUGCCGGCAAGGAAGGAACACCUGCACCAAACCCAAUGACAGAUCCCGAUAUGAUGGAGGGAAUGAUGGAGGGAAUGAAGAAGCAGAUGAUGAACAUGGUACCUCAGAUGUUAAUUAUGGGUUGGAUCAACUUUUUCUUCCAAGGAUUUGUCGUGAUUAAGCUUCCCUUCCCACUGACACCUCGUUUCAAAUCUAUGCUGCAAAGUGGUGUAGACACCCGUGAUAUGGAUGUUACCUGGGUAUCAUCUCUCUCUUGGUACUUUUUGAAUUUGUUUGGUCUCGGCAGUGUAUUUUCUUUGAUUCUGGGCGACAACAAUGAUAUGGCAGCAAUGAGCUCUAUGCCAGGUGCCAUGCCAGGUAUGGGUGCUCCUGGUCAGCAGCAAGACUUCAACAAAUUGUUUUUGGCCGAAAAAGAGAACAUCUUGAUCACUCCUCACGCAUGGGAUUUAGAGAAUGUGGAGGAAAGAUUACUAAAGAAAUACGGAAAGACAGUCAAGAAAUCAAUCACCUCUUCCGGUUCUUCACCCUCUGCAAACCCUGUAAAGAAAGAUUCUUCGAUGCGUGAAAAAGUCAAAGGUGUCCAGAACAAGGGAAACUCAAAGCGUCGCUAA